AUGGUGACAAAAUUCUACCAGCACAUACUUGCCUUGACAUUUGCUGUGAAAGAGAUCAAUGAGAACCCCACAAUCUUGCCUAAUAUCACUCUUGGGUUUCACAUCUAUGAUAGCUAUCAUGAUGCAAGGAUGACCUACCGCGCCACAUUAGACCUGCUCUUCAAAUCUCACAGAUUUGUCCCGAAUUAUAAAUGUGACCUCCAGAAGAACCUUUUGGCCAUCAUUGGGGGACUUAGCUCUGAUACCUCCUUCCAUAUGAGAGACAGCAUAGGCCUCUACAAGAUUCCACAGCUCACAUAUGGUUCAUUUCCCAUUGAGGAGGAGACUGAGGAAAGUCAUAUCUCUUCCUUCUACCGCAUGGUUCCAAAUGAAGCCCAUCAAUACAUGGGAAUUAUAAGCUUGCUUAAGCAUUUUGGAUGGACAUGGGUUGGACUCUUUGUUGUGGAUGAUGAAAGUGGAGAAAAAUUCUUGCAGACGAUGGAGCCACUGUUUUCCAAAAAUGGAAUCUGUUCAGCCUUCAUACAAAGAUUCCCCAAACUAGCCCGUUUCGAUAAUAUUGAUGAAGUUUACGACGUCCUAUUAAGUAGUUACAAUGAUGUCAAAGAUGACAAAGCCCACACAUUUAUCAUAUAUGGAGAAUCUAUGGCACUCAUAUGGCUGACAGCUAUUUUCUUUUUUCUACAAGAUAUUGAAAAAAAUGACAUUGAAUCAGUUACAAAAGUUUGGAUCAUAACAACUCAGAUUGAUUUCAUAUUGUUGGGGCUUCAAAGGAGCUGGGAUCUUGGUAUCUUCCAAGGUGCCAUUUGCUUCACAAUUCACUCAAAAAAGCUUCCAGGGUUCCAGGAGUUUCUUCAAAGCAUAAAGCCUGAUAGGAUAAAAGAAAAUGGUUUUCUGAAGGACUUCUGGGAGCAAGCAUUUGACUGUGAUUUUCCAAACCCCAAUGUGUCAAUGGACACAAGUGAGCAAUGUACAAGAGAGGAGAGCCUGGAGAGUCUUCCUGAUCCACUCUUUGAAAUGUGUAUGACUGGCCACAGCUACAGUAUCUAUAAUGCUGUCCAUGUGGUGGCUCAUGCUUUACAUGACAUUUCUUUAAAGAGAUCCAAACCCAGAGCAAGGAUGGGUCAUAACACAUUUGAACUUCAAGAUCUGCAGCCUUGGCAGCUCCACCCUUUCCUUCAUGGCAUUUCCUUUAACAAUUCAGCUGGAGAAUCACUGUCCUUUACUGCUAAAAAGGAAAUGGGAAAUGGAUUUGACAUCAUGAACAUGGUCAUAUUCCCAAGCAAGUCCUUCCUUCGAGUGAAAGUUGGAGAGGUGGAUGAUACUGCUCCUGAAGGAAAGAAAUUCAUCAUUCAUGAGGACAUGAUAAUGUGGCAUAAAGGUUUUAAACAGGUGAUGCCCAUUUCGGUGUGCACCGAACACUGCCCUCCUGGUCAUCAGAAGAAAAGGAAGGAAGGUGAAAAAUUUUGCUGCUAUGAUUGUGCUCCGUGUCCAGAAGGCAAGAUUUCAGACCAGAAUGAUACGCACGACUGCUUCAUAUGCCCAGAAGAUCAAUAUCCAAACAGGAAGAGAAACCAAUGCAUCUCCAAAACUAUGAGCUUUCUUUCCUAUGAGGAACCUUUCGGGAUCAGCCUAACUUCUGUUGCUCUAUCUUCUUCCCUUCUCACAACUCUGGUGUUAGGCACUUUUGUGAAGCACAAAGAUACCCCCAUUGUCAAAGCCAACAACCGAGCGCUCACCUACGCUCUCCUGGUCUCUCUUCUGCUCUGCUUCCUCUCUUCUUUGCUGUUCCUUGGAAAACCUAGGGAAAUGACCUGUCUUCUCAGACAACCUGCUUUUGGCAUGAUCUUCUCUGUGGCUAUUUCUUGCAUGCUGGCCAAAACAAUCACUGUAGUUGUAGCUUUCAUGGCCACCAAGCCAGGCUCUAGCAUGAGGAAGUGGGUAGGGAAAAGUCUGGCCUACUCUGCUGUAGUUUCCUGUUCUUUUAUUCAAUCUAUUGUUUGUACUUUGUGGUUGAUGACAUCUCCCCCGUUCCCUGAUGUAGAUAUGCACUCUAUAACCACAGAAAUCAUUGUGCAAUGUAAUGAAGGGUCAGUGACCCUGUUUUAUUGUGUCCUGGGCUACAUGGGCCUCCUGGCCAUUGCCAGCUUCAUUGUGGCAUUUCUUGCUCGCAGAUUACCUGACAGUUUUAAUGAAGCCAAAUUCAUUACCUUCAGCAUGUUGCUCUUUUGCAGUGUUUGGCUUUCUUUUCUUCCAACUUACCUGAGCACCAAAGGGAAAUACAUGGUAGUGGUGGAGAUCAUCUCCAUCUUGGCCUCCAGUGCUGGGUUAUUGGGCUGCAUCUUCGCUCCAAAAUGCUACAUCAUUAUCUUGAGGCCUGAGUUGAACAACAGAGAGCAACUAAUAAAGAGAAAGAAUUAA